CACCGUCAUGUUGCCGAUUCAUUUGACACAAGUUCGAUUUUUGAAAUUUUGAAGCGUCCGUGUUUGAUCAAUAUUUCGACUUGAAAUCCAUUAAAUUAAUUACUAAUUAAAUUAGCGAUGGACAAAGAGACCGGAACUGAGAAGAAUUCCGAUUCAUCGGCGACAAAACCAGCGAAUUGUCCCGAAAUCACAAUAAAGGAAUUCCUCGACUUUCUCAAGACAGCCUAUCAAGUGCAAGACAAUUUGGAAAACCUUCUCCUAGCCAACGGGAUGACCGAAGCCGUCGAUUGGUUGAAAUUGAAAGAAAAUGAGUUGGUCAAGCCCAAGGAGAGUGAAACUGACUCAAAAGAGAAGCGAGAUCUGACGCGGCGUAAAAGUGACUCGUCGACCGAUAGCAACGACACUAUCAAAAGAAAAUUAAGCGAGGUGUUGUCAGAGGGGCUGCUUGACUCAGUUUUGCCGUACUUGGUGCCUGCAUCCAGUCAGCAAGCUUCAAGACGCAGCAGUGUAGUCAAAGUGCCUUCAGAAAAGACAAGUCAAGUGGCCGUCUCCGCCACGUCUGUCACAAAGAAGAAGAGUGGAGAGAUUGCGAAAAACGGGGCCCCGAAAGCCGCAGAUUCGGAGGUGGAGAUUCACGUAUGCGACGAGGUGAAAAACAUGAAGAAAGACUUCGUUUGCAACCAGAAACUCCUUGUGGAAAAAAUGGGUUAUUUCGCUGAAGUGACCACGGGGCAACGCCUCGAAGACAUGGACAUUUCCGUCCACUGUGACAUUGGUAUUUUCGAAUGGUUGAUGAAAUGGGUGAAGAAAGAAUCCUUGCUUGAGGAAGACUGGCCCCAAUUGGACCCCCAAUGCGUCAUCCCGAUCCUCGUUUCUGCGGCGUUUCUUCAAAUGGAACCGCUCCAAAACGACUGCCUUUUGUACUGCCACCAACACAUGAACGAAAUCCUCCGAACGUCUACGAACCUAUCGUGUCUCAACGACUCGAUUUUGACACGCCUUGCCGCCAUGUACACCAAUAGCGAAGUGGAGGCGAUCAAGGACCGCAAAGAUAAGAUCCAAUCACGCAUUUUCACGAAAUUGAUCCAAUCGCUGGCGGAGCCUGAGCCUGAAAGCAUGCGUGGCCAUUGGUCGUCACUGGCGAGGGUGUAUCGCUGUGGGCGGUGCCAACAGCUGAUUGGUCCCUCGGUUGCGACACGUAUACCUUGUGCCCCGCCUUGUAUGCAAUUACAGUGCGAUGGUUCCAUAAUAAGCCAACACGUCAGAGACCCAUCAUGGAACAUAAAUGACUAUAUUUUAAAACUGUACAAGAAUUUGAAGACUUGGAGAAAAGUUUAUUGGAGAUUAUGGGGCGACUCCCACUUUUUGUAUUGUCUGACGUGUAAACGGUAUUUCCCCGCCCACCAAAUUGGGUGGUGUCGUCACCACCCAGAUCCGCCCCAAUAUUUCACCCUUGACGCCCAGAAAGCGCCACUCCCCGUUGGGCGUUACCCCUGUUGUGGGGAGAGAGCUUAUCGUUUCCAGUUAUUACAAGAUUAUUCCGGGUGUCAGUUCCGGGAACAUACAAUUAGCGCGAAAGACGUGCGAGAUUCGGCCGUUUUGUCACUUUUGGAGAAUUUCCGGGGGUUAAUAGAGGAGGAGCCUCCACAGUUGAUGUUUCCGGAACGUUUAACCCGAUUGGUUGCACGUGACCCGGCCGGCGAUAGCAAGAAGUUGGUUUGUAAAGAGAAUUUCUGGUGGGAGGGGUUUCAAAUUGUCCCGCCCAGGCCCAAGCUGGGACUGUUGGGCCAAUUUGCUAGUCGGGGCGGGGAAGAGGCCGUGCCGGAGGAGGAGUCAAGUGAAGGGACGGACGAAAGUACGUCCGACAGUGAUGAUAGUGACAGUGAGGGGAGCGACGGAAGUGCCGAAAGUAAUCCUCCACCAAUGCCUGUCAAGAACCUUAAGAAGAAAAGAAAUAAGCGGGAAAGUAGGUUGUGGCAACAUAAUUUGUCGGCGAGAAGUAACCAGGAUAUACAAAGAGCGUUUGAGGAGAAUGCGGUUAGGGAAAUAACGGCCAUGUUGAAUCGGCGGACGGUCACCAUUUCGGAAGGCGGGGCCAAAAGUGGGCGGUUCUCGCGGAAUGUCACGCCCAUUGGUGGGGUUUGGGUGCGAUUAGAGUCCGAAUGGAAGGAAGUCCAUUGCGCUAAUAAUAACCAGCAAAAAAUGCGAAGUAUUUUUACCGGCAGGGUUCGUCCGAAGCAAACAAAAAUGUGAAAAACACGUUGUUUUAGUCGUUUUUAAUUAAAUUGCACUUGAAACGAG